AUGAACGCCUUCAUCGAAUCUUUUGGGGUGCCUCCUCUGGUCUUUCAUCCCGACGAGGCAACCGUGUCUCGGUACGCGAGGCAGCUCAUCCUACCCGAGUUCGGUGGACCGCUCGCACAACGUCGGUUGCAGGACGCCAGGGUGCUUGUGGUCGGUUGUGGAGGACUCGGGUGCCCAGCGGCGCUCUAUCUCGCGGGUGCCGGCAUUGGCACGCUUGGCCUUGCAGAUCGAGACACUGUGGAUGUCACGAACCUUCACCGUCAGAUUGGGCAUACAACAGAACGUGUCGGGGAGCGAAAGACAGCGUCACUGGCAAAGACAAUCGCAGCUCUGAAUCCACUCGUGAACGUGCAGCUCCAUGAUUGCGGCAUUGAUACCGAAAACGCGAGGCAAGUUGUGAGACAAUACGACGUUGUCUUAGACUGCUCAGACAAUGCCGAAACGCGUUAUACCGUGAGCGAUGCUUGCGUUGCUGAACAGCGACCUUUGGUCAGUGCAGCAGCGGUUGGUCUCGAAGCACAACUUGCACUAUUAAACUACGGGCUCGAUGGGCCGUGUUACCGCUGUAUUUUUCCGGAAUGCCCGCCACCAGAGUGUCAGGGAAGUUGUGAUACAGACGGCGUGCUAGGCAUGGUGCCAGGGAUGAUCGGAACCUUGCAAGCGCUAGAGGCCGUUCGGGUACUUUUGGUACAGUCACAGAUAGGCGCGCUAGGUCUUCCGCUCGCUGGUCGGAUGCUGCUAUUUGACGCUCUGAGCUACCGCUUUCGGCUUGUGCAGCUUCGUCCGAGGCAGACUGCUAAAUGUUCUGUAUGUGCGACAUUUGCGCCGAAACUCUCGCGAAUGGUGCAUGAUACAGGUAUGCGCUCGAAAACUUCUUCAUCUAUCGAUGCCUUGCGUGGAGACGACACCAGCGAGUCUUCCCCGCAUACGCGAGAUGAAAUAUGGCUAGCGCAACACGGAACGAAGAGCGAAAUGGUUUCGCCAGAGACGCCGCUGAACACGGCGCCGCAUUCCAUAUCCGAAACGCUGGAGUCAAACGCUUGCCGAACGACUCCACAGCAGCGCAAUACGUUUCAUGGCGACCGAGGCGCAUGUGAGCUGUGCCGCAGCGCGACGGCCGAAACAGGAACAAAGAGCGUUGGAGAAGCCGCUGAUUCGAGACUAGAGUACCGGCAUCGGCAUCAAAGAAACGAAACGAGCAAUCAUUCGGGGCCGAGUUGGGAUGCACGCGAACCCCAGUCCAAGCAGUCCGUGACUGAAACAGUCGUUGUGGACGUUCGUCCUGCUAACCAGUUCGCUCUCUGUCAUAUUCGCGGUGCACUGAACUUUCCCAUGCAUUCAUGGCCCGAAGCAAUUGAGAACCAACGAGAGAAGUUGCAGGGUCAGCGGAUUCGAAUCGUUUGCAGAAGGGGUAUUCAAUCUCGCCGGGCGGUGCGGAUGCUCGAGGCCCUGAGCUGGCCUGACACGCACGUCGAAGAUAUUCCCGGUGGUAUGGAGGCACUUGUCCGGCUCCAGCAGAGCGCUGACGGCUCCCGGGCGAACGUCACCUCGCAGACUCGAGGUGAUGCGGCAGUGCCGUCCCAGCUCGCCCAAUGUGAGCCUCCUGGCGGAAGUACCUAA